AUGCUAUUACUUAAUUGUUUUGUUUAUUCCAAAGAUAACAUCAAAAAUAAAAAUGAUGUAAUAUUUACAAAUUAUAACAGCACCAACAACAUUAUAGAUAAUCAAGAUAAUAUAGCCAAUGAUAUUACUCAAAUAAAAUUAGAAAAACAAUUAAAAGCAAUUUUUCCAAAUAUUACGCAUCAUGAUAUUGAAAUGGUUAGACAAGUAAGACAACUAAAUAUAACAAAAGUUGUCAAAGCUUUGACAAGAGAUGAUUUAGGCAAUAUCAUUAUAGGCAUAAUUGCUGGUGUUGAGAAAUCAAUUAACCCAUCACCAACCGACUGUGUUGAUGGUUUAAGAAAACAAAUAACAAGUACAAAUGAAGUUAUUUUUGAUUUUUUUAAUUUAUAUGGAAUUACAAUUGGGGAGUUUGUAAACUUUUUAAAAAUUGUACCAAGUGUAGUUAGAGAAGAUAUUCAACUUUACAAUACUUGCAGUAUAGAUAAGGUUGUAAAAAAGCUAUCAUCAUGUUUAAAUGUAAUAAUUCACCAAGGUUUCACAACCUUUCUAGAUAAUGAAAAAAAUGUAUUAUUGGCCCAUCUUUUAGAUUUAGUACCAAUAUCAAGAGGCAUUGCAUCAAGUAUUUUAUUAAAAAACUAUCAACUGCUUGGUGUUCAUUUGGGUGAAUAUUUGGGAAUUCUUAUUAAUGCCCCAUAG